GAUUAGUUUAUCGUUCAAAGCAUCUUGACAAAACACAGAAGGUCAAACAAUUUAUCAACAAAAACUCUCUUUCUGCGUUUUCCUCAAAGAAGAUCUUUCAUGGCUUCUUCUUCCUCGGUUGUGAAACCCACCCCAACGGGGCCUCAAGUGUUCAUAUGCUUCCGGGGAGCAGAUGUCCGAUCACACUUCAUAAGCCAUCUUGACCCUGCCUUGAGAGAAGCGAAUAUAAACGUCUUCAUAGAUGAUGACGAGUUUUUGGGCACAGAUUUGGUUAACCUUUUGAAGAGGAUAGAAGAGUCAGAGAUCGCGCUAGUGAUCUUUUCGGAGGAUUUCACAAGUUCGUAUAGGUGCUUGGAUGAGCUGGCCAAGAUCAAGGAAUGCAAGGAUCAAGGCCGUCUCAUAGUGAUUCCCAUCUUCUACAAAGUUAAACCUUCCGUUGUGAAAUAUCUUAAAGGAAAUUUUGGCGAUAAUUUCAGGGAACUAGAACGCAAUAAUCUACACAUGCAACAAAGAACUCAGAAAUGGAAGAAAGCUUUAGUGUCUAUCCCGGAAUCAAAAGGGAUGCCAAGGGCAGAACAAAGUGAGAAGACCGAUAAAGACUUCAUAACCUCAAUGGUCAUCAAGAUUCAAGAAUUACUGGAUUAUAUGGCUGCCAGAAGAAACAAAGAAAUAGAAGCGAAUCGUCAAGGAGUUUCCAUCGUCCCUGCAAGGAAACCAAAAGCAGAAGCGAAUCCUCAAGGAGGUUCCGUGGUCCCUGCUGCAAGGGAGCAAGAAAGAGAAGCGAGUCAUCAAGGAGGUUCCGUGGUCCCGUCCAUGGUCCUUGCAAGGGAUUUAGUAAUCACUCAUUUUGAUAAACCUCAAAGAUGGACUUGGAGUACUAUCAACGAGGCACCAAACUCUGCGGAAAUUGAGAUUGCGACGUCGAAUAAACUUUACUGGCUUAAAAUAGUGGGAACAAUAACUACGGAGAAUCUAACACCAGGAACUAAGUACGAGGCUGUAUUCGUAGUGAAAUUAGAAAUUAAUGCUAGUGGAUGGGAUAUACCAGUGACUCUAAAGCUGAAGGUGGUACAACACGAUGGGGACGAUGAUCGGGUGGAUCGAACAGAGAACUUGAACGAUUACAUAGGCCAGAACUGGGUGGAUAUUUUGGCCGGAGUUUUCGUGGUUCCGCCAAAAACCACUCCCGCAACGAUCAUUUGCACCAUGUAUCAGUACGCGGACGAGUAUAAGAAAAAGGGACUCGUCGUCAAAGGUCUUGCAAUACGUCCCACGAACUAAGGCGCGCGUACAAGCAAAAGGAUAUAUGAUCUUUCUUGUUGUCUAAUAUAUGUAUUUGAAAAAUGAAACACUGGUCUGUUUUGUUAACAAGUGAAUUGUUGUUCUUCUUUUUUUUUUU